GAGUACUUAUCUCUCAAGCUUUCAGGUGCCGGAGAGAGAGGAUGCUGGUCGGAGAAGAUGAAGAAUCGGCGAGGAUCAGCCUUCUCAAGAGAGAGUUCGAAGCUUCACUGGCGAGAGUGAACUUUCUGGAGAAAGAGAAUCAUGAGCUGAGACAAGAAAUAGUUCGGUUGAGAGCACAGGUUAAUAAUGCAUUCAAAUCGCAUGACGUCGACCGGAAAUCCGUGUUGUGGAAGAAGGUGCAGAGUUCGCCGGAGAGCAAGAUCGCCGCAGACAAAUCACAGCAGAAAUUAUCUUUUCCGGCGGCGGAGAGCACAGAAGCAGUAGAACCGGGAAAUAAGAAAGAAAUGGCGGCAAAAUCAGCUUAUUGUUAUCAAUUCCAACAAAAACCUAUUUGUAAGUUGCCGUCUCUGCCGGCGGGAGGUCCGGCACCGCCGCCGCCGCCGCCACCUCCGCCGUCGAAGACGGGCGGAUCGAAAGCCCUGCGCCGUGUACCGGCGGUAAUGGAGCUCUAUCGAUCACUUGUCAAGAGGGAUGCACAGAAAGAAAGGAGGACUAAUGCCAUAGCAUCCAUGGCUGCUCUAAAUCCUAAGAACAUGAUUGGAGAGAUCGAGAAUCGCUCCACACAUCUUCUUGCUGUAAAAUCAGAUGUGGAGACACAUGGGGAAGCCAUAGAAGCCUUAUUGAGGGAAGUAGAAUCUGCAGCAUUUACAGAGAUUUCUGAAGUCGAAACCUUUGUGAAAUGGUUGGAUGGGGAACUAUCCAGCCUGGUGGAUGAGAGGGCUGUGCUGAAACAUUUCCCUCAGUGGCCAGAAAGAAAAGCAGAUGCAUUAAGGGAAGCCGCUUGCAGCUACCGAGAGUUGAAGAAUCUCGAGUCUGAGGUUUUAUCAUUCAAGGAUAAUCCUAAACAGCUGCUGUCACAGUCCCUCAGAAAAAUCCAGGCAUUGCAAGACAGGUUGGAAAGAAGUGUCGGCAAUAUUGAGAGACUUAGAGAUGGCGCGAGCAAGCGAUACAGGGAGCUUCAUAUUCCCUGGGCUUGGAUGCUCGACACUGGAGUUGUUGGUCAGUUGAAAUUAAGUUCGAUGGAAUUAGCAAAGCAGUACAUGGGAAGGGUAGCCAUGGAGUUGGAAUGUCAUGAACCGCCUCAAAAACAAGACCUCAUUCUUCAAGGAGUAAGGUUUGCUUAUAGAGUUCACCAGUUUGCAGGGGGAUUUGAUGCAGAAACUGUGAAAGCAUUCGAAGGGAUAAAACUAAUCAGCACAAAUAUUGAAAGCCAAUAGCUAUUCAUUGGGGUAUUCCACAAGGAUAUUUAGGUUGUAAGAUGUCAAAAUGCAGAUAUUGCUCCCAGACAUGCCAUUUGGACAGCAGAUCAUUUGGAAAUAUGUUGUGUACCUAGUAAUCAGUCCAUGUAGCUAUUUUCACAUGGCCAGAUUGUUUCUUAUCAACAAGCUCUAACAUGUAAAUCCCAGAUAAUGCAGGACAUACUUACAAUGAAAGUGAUUUAGAGACAAAA